GGUGUCUCCAGUCAUGGAAUCAGACAUCACUUUAGGGUUUGAGCUCUGAUUCUCUCAGGAAUCAUCGGAUCUGAUGGGACAUUUAAGGAUGGUUUUCCCUGAUGUCUCAUAUUCACUGCUGUUGUUGGGAAUCUCGUUUCUGACUGGCUUCACUAAAACUUCACAGGACUUCUCAGGUUAUCUGUCACGUGUUCUGAGGAAUUACACUGAACAGGCGUGUGACGGAGAAUUCCUGACUGUUCGCUGCCCACCCAGAACCUCAAUCACCGUCCAAUCAGCUUUCUACAGCAUAACAGACCACGCCCACUCACCUCAGUGCCCAAACCCUUACAGCAGUGCUGGACCACGCUCAGUGCAUGACAUCACUUCCUGUCAUGUGUCCACAUCCUUGCAGAAGAUGCUGGAUGAAUGUGAGGACAGGCGGAGAUGUCAGGUUCUUGUCAACAGUCGUUUGUUUGGGACGGACCCCUGUCCCACCGUCAACAAAUACCUCAGUGUGCGGUACAAGUGCAGGCCGAGUGAGUAUAAGAGUAAAGUGGUGUGUGAAGGCGAGCGCUUGCGGUUGGGCUGUAAGACAGGGAUGCAAAUCGUGGUUUAUUCGGCCAUGUUUGGCCGCACACAGCAGGGAACACUGGAGUGUCCUCCACACCACCGGAGGGCACCAUCUGUCGACUGCUCAUCAGAUGUGGCUCUGCAGGUGAUGACAUCACGUUGCCAGGGGAAACGCUCCUGUGUGGUCCGCGCCUCGACACAAGAGUUCGGUGACCCCUGUUACCACGGCACCCGCAAAUACCUCAGCGUCAUACACACCUGCGUCCCAAAGAAACUGCUGCAGGAGUCAGUUUCCAGGCAUCCAUCCUUCCCAUCUCCUCCAUCUGUGCCUCAUGAUCCCAACGUGGUGGGAGACAGCGCUCCUCCUGACGGGACCCCAUCUCUGACCUCGGACUCUGCACCAGGGAGGUCGACACGAGGACGGAGUUCUGGUCCGUAUUCAGAAGAGACGGAUCAGUCUGGAGAAAGUGAUCCGAACCCAACCAUCUCCAGCGUGAUCAGACCAGCCAUGGCCCUCAUCAGCAGCAUGCUGGUGGCCUACACCUACAUCACAGAGCACCCGGAGCGCUGUGCGCUGUAUUUCAUGUGUGGCAUCUGUGCCGGUCUGUUCCUCACGCUCUUCGCUCUGGUGGUUCAGAUUUCCUGUCGUACAGACUGUAAACCUCGUCACGCCGUCGCUAAGAAGAGCCAGAGACCCGCAGACUCCGACAGCGACCCCAGCGACUCUGAUUCAGACUGGGACUCGAGCUCGGACCUCUCGGCCCGACGGCACCGGCGCUUCGAACGCAUGCUCAACACAAACGUCUUCACGUCAGCAGAGGAGCUGGAGCGAGCGCAGCGACUGGAGGAGAGAGAGCGCAUCAUACGGGAAAUCUGGAUGAACGGACAGCCGGACGUCCCAGGAACCCGCAGCCUGAAUCACUACUACUAGAGCACCGCCUCCCAUCAGACAAAUCCAGAUGGGAAGCUAAAGCAGUAGUGUGGCAUUAAACGGUGUAUUUGCAGUGGAAAUAAGCUCGUGGUUUAUUCAUGAGGUGAAAGGUCAAAUGCUGCUGACAAGUCAGAUUUGGGAAUAUUCUUACCUGAUGUCUUGAAGUUAGACAUUUUCUGCAGCGUGCAGCUAAAGCUAAGGCUCAUGGGAGAUGUGGUUGAGUUGAAAGGAGUCUAUAGGCAGCUCGGAGAGGCGUGAUAAGCUCUAAACACUGUGAUUGGUCCUUCACUCUGCCUGUCAAACAGUGAGGACCGCCUUCUGUAGAAAGAGAGACCUGAGCAAAUUAAGUGCCUUUCAGUUUGAUCUGACAAAUACACAUGUACAGUACAGUGGGACUAAAACAUAUUUGGACACUUAUAAAUAUCUGAAUGUCAUUGCAUUAGGAAACAAAUAGAACAAACCAAGCUGCGACUGCAAGAAAAUGAUGCUGGAGCUUCACUUUUCUGCAUCGGUUUUGCUUAAUGACCUUUAAUUUCCUCCACAGUGCCACAUUUAAUUUUUUGGUAACACUUUACAAUGAGGUUGCAUUUGUUAACAUGAACUAACAAUACAAAAUACUUUUAAAGUUUAGUGAAUUCAAAAGUUCUAUGUUUGUAUUUAAACCUGAGGUAUACAAGCCUUUUUCAGCCAUGGGAUAAAAAAUAAAAUAAUGAAAUAAAGGUAAUUUGUGUUUUAUCUAAUCUUGUAAUUCCUUUUUCUUAGAAUCCUUUACAUUUUGCAGUUUUCCCCCCUCACCACAGAAUAAAAAACCGGAUAAUAAUUGUGACUUUUGGCUGGUUGCUGGUAAUUGUGACUUUUAAGCUCACAAUAAAAAAAAAUAAAAAAAAAAGAUGUAAACUCAAAAUUAUGAUUUCUUUUUCUUCACAAUUUAAUAUAUUGUAGUUGUCAAUGAAGAUAAAAAGUGGUAAUUACCUUUUUAUUUUUUUAUCCCAUGCUGGGAACAAGCUUCCAUAAACAUAAAUAAACAGUAUUUUUAUCAAAUGUUUUAAAAAGUUAAUAAAUACUCCAACAAAUGUAUUGCACAUUUUUAGUUAAUUUGACCUGAUUGUAAAGUGUUACCUUUUUUUUUUUUUUUCAUUUUUAACACUAAAUUAUUUAUUUAUUAUACCUAACAGACUUAUUUUGAUGAUUUGCUGAAAGUCUGCUUGUGCUGUGCUUUCUUCAAAAAUAAAUGCAACUUGGUUUGAUAUUUUAUUUUCUAAUGCAAUGACGUAAGUGCAUUUUUAAGGGUGACUUAUGCAUCCAAAUAUUUUUGGAUUUUUUUUUUAUAUAUAUAUAUAUAUAUAUAUAUAUAUAUAUAUAUAUAUAUAUAUAGAUAUGCUGUAAAAUCAUCUCAGCUUUUAUGAAAUCUAUUUUGAUAUUUAAAUAGCUUUUGAUACCACUAUUUUUUUUGGAUGACAUAUUUUUUAUACUGUGGCAAAGCUUGCCUGGUUGCUCAGGGAUGCAAUCAAAAGUGCUCUGUGUAUAAUCAUAUAUUCUUUAAGGGGAUGAGAGACAAAUGUUCCUGCAUAGAUGCAACUGUGACCUCAGAGAGGUUUUUAUAGGAUGAUGAUACACAUCGCUGCCGUGCCUUAGACACAAGACGCAUCUGCCAACACAGCUAAUCACUCACUCACUCACUCACUCACUCAUUAAUGUUAAUGAUACGAAAUCAUAAAUAACGUCCUUUCCAUUCUUAAAAAUAAAGGUUUUCAAUGGUGCUGCAAAGAGAUUCAGCAAAGAGCUUCUUCUUAAGAACUAUUUAUGGCUUUAUAAGGUUCCUGAGUUGGAUAUAUAAACAAAGUAUUACUAUUGUGGGAAGUAUGUUCCCUAAGCCUUUAUUUUUAAGAGCCCAUUCCCACACAGGGAAAAUGUAAUAUAUAAUAUUCAAGUUUUUUUUUUCUUCUCAAAGCAAGCCAAUAAACAUGAAGUGUCUCGA